GGUCCCUCCUAGAUGUUGCGUCCUAGCCACACUGUAGUUGCAGUUGAGGCGCCGCAACACCGCUCUGCAGUUGUUGGAGAGAGAGGUUGGCCGGUCGCUGAAAACAAACUACAUAUUAACAUCAGCUGGUAUCAUAGCGAGGCAGUGAGUAGUGAGGCAUUAUGGGCAACACAAGUGACAGGGUGUCUGGAGAGCGCCAUGGAGCCAAAGCCCACCGCUCGGACAGCAGCGGCAGUCACAAAGACCAAGAGCCCAGCGGCAAGAUGGUGGACAGCACAGAUGACCCCAACAUCUUCAACACCCACGGGCCAGAGGCCAAGGCGUUAGAAGAGAAAGAAUCAGAUGUGAUUGAGCAGAUGAACACUGGUCCUCAGGCUCGACCCACGGUCAUCCGCUGGGCUGGGGGGGGGAAGGAGGUCUACAUAGCUGGUUCCUUUAAUAACUGGAGCACCAAGAUACCACUAAAUAAGAGCCAUAAUGACUUUGUAGCGAUCCUGGACCUUCCAGAAGGAGAGCACCAGUACAAGUUUUUUGUAGAUGGACAGUGGGUCCACGAUCCCUCAGAGGCGGUUGUAACCAGUCAGCUCGGCACCAUCAACAACCUGAUCCAGGUGAAGAAGUCCGACUUUGAGGUGUUUGACGCCUUGCAUGUAGACUCUCUGGAGUGCUCCGACACAUCAGACCUGUCCAGCUCCCCCCCAGGUCCGUAUGGGCAGGAGCAGUACAGCUUCAAACCUGAGGAGCAUUUCAAAGCCCCACCCAUCCUCCCUCCUCACCUCCUUCAAGUCAUCCUCAACAAGGACACCAACAUAUCCUGUGACCCCGCCCUGCUGCCUGAACCCAACCACGUCAUGCUAAACCACCUUUACGCCCUCUCGAUUAAGGAUGGAGUAAUGGUGCUGAGCGCGACUCACCGAUACAAGAAGAAAUACGUCACCUCUCUGCUUUACAAGCCUAUCUAAGCCGCAACUUGGGAGCUUCACAGUGCAUUUAGAGAACAGCAUGUUUGUAUUCUGCUGUUUUUUUUUUCUUUCUCAGUGGCAUCACAUUUAGCCAAAACGUGCACUGAAACUAGAUAACAGGCCAGUGGAUGUGACUGUAGCUUGGUUUUGUAAAAAGGUUGCACUUCUCUCUAAAUAGGGCUCUGAACAAAAAGAAACGUGUGUGUGUGUGUGUGUGUAGGCUGUCGGAGAGAGAUGAAAACCAUACUGUGGCUUUUACCUGUGACGGAUAAGAGAGAGACCAUGUGAUGGUGCCAUGUGAAUAUAUGCUUGUCUGUGUUCAAAACGAGAUUUUAUUUAAAUGCGUGGUGUAAAGGAAAGAGGGGUGAUCUGUGAAAGAUCCGUUUCUUUUCAUGGGGAUUUUAAGGAUGCUCUCCGAAAGUCAGGGCUUUUUCAGUGUUAUUGAUGUGGAUCAGCAGUUAGAUUUUAAAGUAUUGUGUUAAUUAAGUCAGAAUAACAGAAUGGCCCAGAGCCGAGGUCUGAAAUAGAUGCUACAGAGAGCAGCAGGCUUGGCUUUGGUUGAACACAAUGUGCAAUAACCUACAUCUUAUUUUGUCGGCACAUAUUGGAUA